UGCUGCUGUUUUGAUUAGUAAGUAGUGCAAAUGCUGCUGGGAACGCGUAUUAAUUUCGGAGCUCAUGUCUACACAAUAGUGAAAGCGCACAAGCGUAAGUAGCUGGUGCACGAUAUACAACAACAACAACGUCGUUGUCGUUGUCGUCGUCAUGGCAGGUUCCAAGGGAAGCGGAGUUUUAAGCUUGCGCUUCAACCAAGACCAAGGAUGCUUUGUCUGCUGCAUGGAGUCUGGACUACGGAUUUACAACGUCGAACCUUUGGUCGAGAAGGCACACUACGACAGCGAGUUCAUGGGCAGCGUUGGCAUGGCCGAGAUGCUCUGGAGGACGAACGUCAUCGCCGUCGUCGGUGGUGGAAGUAGGCCCAAGUUUGCCGACAACACGGUACUCAUAUACAACGAUCUAACGAAGAACUUUGCCGUCGACAUCAAUUUCACCCAGCCUGUCAAAGCUGUCCGAUUACGCAAGGAUAAACUGGUGGUGGCCCUGGAAAGGGAGAUCCACGUGUUCUCUUUCCCUUCGCCGAUACACAGAUUGCUCUCUGUGCAAACGAGAUACAAUCCAAAGGGUCUUGUGGAAGUGGCGACACUUACUUCCGCGCACAAGCAGCUGCUUGCAUUCCCUGGUCACAAGAUUGGCAGUCUCCAGUUGCUCGAUCUUGCGUCAACGGACGCUGGAGCAUCGAGUGCACCGGCAACCAUUGCUGCUCACGUUGGUGAAUUAGCUUGCAUCGCUGUAAACAGCAACGGUACCAAAGUUGCAACUGCGUCGGAAACAGGCACUCUUAUCCGAGUCUGGGAUGCUAUUCGUAGGACACAACUGAUAGAACUCCGGAGAGGUACCGAUCAAGCUACGUUGUAUUGCAUUAACUUUAGUCGUGACAGUGAAUUUUUAUGUGCUUCUAGUGAUAAGGGCACAAUUCAUAUAUUCGCUAUAAAAGCUGCAAAUUUGAACAAAAAAUAUCAGAUAAGCAAGUAUACCAAUUUCUUGGGACAGUAUAUGGAAAGUAAAUAUUCGUUUGCCAUGUUUACUGUACCUCCAGAAUGUGCCUGCAUUUGUGCUUUUGGUACCCAAAAUUCUGUAAUAGCGGCUUGUGUUGACGGCACAUUUCACAAAUACGUUUUCACAACAGAAGGUCAGUGCAAUCGUGAAUCAUUUGACGUGUACCUUGAUGUUUGUGCUGAUGAGGAAUAUUAAUGUAACAAAGUAUAUUGUAAAUAGUUAACAAUGUAAAUAUUUAUUAUGAAAACACGGAGAGAAUUAUUGUUUUAUACAGACAUGAUUUUAUACAUAA